UCUUCUUCAAGUUUGAUUUCAACGAAAAAAAUAAAUAAAUAUCAUCAUGCGUGUUUUGGUAGUGAUUAUGAUGUUCUGCGCUUAUGAGGCUUUUGUACAAGCACAUCAUUGCGGUAAACCAACUGAAACAGAGACUCGUUACACUUUGAAAGAGGCUAAAUCGUUCGAAACAUUUGUAGAAAAAGUUUUCGGAUCAACUUCAGCUGAAGUUGCCAAGCAAAAUUUAACUGAGUUAACUAUUCGUUAUGAUGGAGAGUAUUAUUAUUUGAAAUACAUUCUUGGUGAUCAUGAAGUCGCCAAUAAAUUCCGUCCCAAUGAACCAUUCGAUGAAAAAACAUGGUUUGGAACAAUCUCGACUACUGUCAAUGUAAUUGAAGUCAGACAUUUACAAUUUUUAUCAACAUUGUCAAAUGGUAAACAAUUCACCCGUAACUAUGAUUUUGAUACAACAAAAUUAAAGAUGACAGGUAAUUCAACAUCUGAUGUUGAUUGUACUUUUGAAAUUAUUCUUGAACGUACUAAACAUGAAUAAUAAAUUUUCAUAUUACUUUACAUUUAUAUGAUUCAAUUGAAAAACUGG